AUCAGCACACAGACAGCCAUGGCUUGUCACAGAGAUGAAGAUGACUACGAACCAGACCAAGCUCUAGAUGGGGAUGAAGAAGAGGAACAUGAGGAGGAGCAGGGAGGACAAAGAUCCAGACAGAAGCGGAGGAGAUCGGAUUUCAUAGACGACGAUGAGGCUUAUGAUGGUGGUGUGAGUCGUAAGCGGAGGAAUAAGAGGCCUAUUGGGUCAAAGUUUCUUGAUAUCGAGGCUGAGGUCGAUAACGAUAAGGAGGAGGAAGAGGAAGAUGAGGGCGAGGACGACUUCAUUGUUGAUACUGGAACUGAUCUCCCUGAAGAAGAACAUGAUGAUAGAAGGAUGCAUCGUCAUCGUCCAUUGCAGCCGCAAGAAGAUGAGCAAGAAGAAGAUGUUGAAGCGCUUGAGAGAAGAAUUCAAGCGCGGUAUGCAAGGUCAUCAUCGAGUCAUGCAGAAUACGACGAGGAGGAGACAACUGAUGUGAUGGUGAAUCAGCAAGCUCUUUUACCUUGUGUUAGGGACCCGAAGUUGUGGAUGGUGAAAUGCGCGAUCGGUCCUGAGCGAGAGGCAGUUGUUUGCUUAAUGCAAAAGUAUAUUGAUAAACCUAAACUGAACAUCAAGUCUGCUGUUGCCCUAGACCACCUCAAAAACUUUAUAUACAUUGAAGCCGACAACGAAGCCCAUGUGAGGGAGGCUUGCAAAGGUCUGCGCAAUAUACUUGCCCUACAUAAGUUAAACCGUGUUCCGAUCGGAGAAAUGACUGACGUUCUUUCAGUUGAAAGCAAGGCAAUUGAUGUUUCUAGGGGCACAUGGGUCAGAAUGAAGAUGGGAACAUAUAAAGGAGACCUUGCCAAGGUUGUGGGUGUCGAUGAUGUGCGGCAGAGAGUCAGGGUAAAAUUAACUCCAAGGAUAGAUUUACAAGCUAUUGCAAAUAAACUGGAGGGCAGACAAGUUGUGAAAAAGAAGGCAUUUGUUCCUCCUCCACGCUUUAUGAAGGGGGAUGAAGUAAGACAACUGCAUAUUCAUGUAGAGCGUAGACGAGAUCCGGUGACUGGUGAUUACUUUGAGAGUAUUGAUGCCAUGCUGUUUAAAGAUGGUUUCCUGUACAAGGCAGUGUCGAUGAAAUCAAUUAGCUCUCAAAACAUACGUCCCACUUUGGAUGAACUUGAAAAAUUCCGGAAACCCGAGGAGAACGGUGCCCGUUUGUCAACUUUAUUUUCAAACAGAAAGAAGGGACCCUUUAUGAAGGGUGAUACAGUUAUUGUUAUCAAGGGAGAUCUUAAAAAUUUGAAAGGACGGGUUGAGAAAGUUGAGGAAGAGAUUGUUCAUAUCAGGCCCGAAAUGAAACAACUUCCAAAAACUCUUGCCUUAAACGAAAAAGAACUUUGCAAAUACUUUGAACCCGGGAAUCAUGUGAAAGUUGUAUCUGGUACUCUGGAAGGUGCAACUGGUAUGGUUGUUAAGGUUGAGCAGCAUGUGCUCAUCAUUUUAUCUGAUAUAACCAAGGAACAUAUCCCUGUGUUUGCUGAUGAUGUUGUGGAGAGUUCUGAGGUGACAUCUGCUAGUUGCUGUUCUGAUGCAGGAGCAUCUACAAGGCUCUCCAAGAGUACUUGGGCCCGUUAGUCUAUUCUU